AACCUGCGGACCAAAAAUUGUAACUGUUUCCGACAAAGAAAGAUUGUGAUAAAUUAUGAAGCGUGACUCGCCCGUCAAAUGACGCGCCCAUGAGCGCAUUCGAAGAGAAUGUUCGUCGCCCCGACAAAAUGGCUACUCGUUCAAGAUCGAAGAAUACCGAUUGAUAACACCAACAUAACUUCCACGUAUGAUAACUUAGAGAUCUUUGAAGAUCUAGCUGUCUAUCCCGAUAGUGACGUGGUCCUCGCUCAACGGUUCGGUGAUGAUUUUCUUCAGCUGACAUCUGUGUAUCGCCCAAGUCCACAACGAACAGUAAUAUGGGAAAAUCGCGGAAACUGGUCGGUUAAGAAUGGUUUACGAAUGAAUACUUUUGACGUGGCAUCGGCACGGAGAAGGAAUCUUCAACAGACAACUCUUAAAUCUUGUCUUGUGAUGACAUAUCCUGACACGGUCAAUCAUUUGACUGAUUUUAAGGAUCGUGAAAAAGAUGCUAUUACAAAGGUUAAUUAUAUCUGGGUGCUCCAUUUAAUAAAUCGGAUGAAUGCAAC